GGGCCGCGGGUCCCGGGUGCUCCCCCCCCCCGGUGGCCCCGGCUCGGACCUGUUGACGGCGCUCGCCGGGUGCAGGGGAAGGGUGGGCAGAUCCCCAUGGCUGGUCUGGAGCCUCCGGUGGCUCGUCCUCCCUUCCUCGCCGCCCCCUCUCCCUCUCCUCGCGGUCAUUUUCCUAAUUGGACGGAGCUGUGGGGCGUGAUCGUCGGCGUCAGCUCGAGGAGCCCCCCGAAUCCGGUGGUCUUCCUUCCCCCACCGACUCUCAGACCCCACCGAACCGGCCUCGGUGUUCCCCCCCACCCCGAGCUGCGGACUUGCUAACUCGUGCGUAGCGGGUUGUUGGGUUUUUUUUUUUCAACUUGCCUUUUAAGAUGACUUUUAUGGUCCCUGCAACUGCUUCCCUCCAGUCUAAACUGUAGUUUGGGAAGAUUUAAGAGGCCAGGGAGGUGCUUGUGUGGCCUCUAACUAAUCCAAAACGGUCAUUAAUGGAUCUCUCCGCCCUGCGAGAUGGUUCCGGCCAGGCCAAGCAGUAGCCUGGGUGUGUUUUCGCCCGGACACUGCGGAGUUCCUUCACGGUCUUAGCGGCCGGCCUGCCAGGGAGGGGACACUUGACCCGCGGCCCCAGUGCCCUAUCUUCGAAGGGCACCCUGGGCGUCUUUCUUUCCGUUCACAAUGGAAACUGUCCGCCACUGCCCACCUGAAGACGUGACUAGUCCCCGUGGAUACCUCGGAAGCUCACAAAACUCCCCCACAGGUGUGCGGAGGACUUUGUGCCGCUGGGGGUCAUCCGGCCAGCUUUGACGCUGCCCUCUCAGGCCUUGCCUUUGUACAUGUAAAUGCCCUCCUAGCCAGCCGCCUCGGGAUGGAGGGCUUCAUGGACUCAGGGACACAGACGGACGCUGUGGUGGUGCUGUCCUUGGCUCAGGCUGCUGUGCUGGGCCUGGUCUCAGAAAAUGAGCUCUUUGGAGCCACCAUAAGUGCUGAGGCCUUCUACCCAGACCUAGGGCCAGAACUGUCUGGGACAGCCAUGGGGGAGCCGGGACCACCAGGACCCGACAUCUAUCAGCUGGCCUGUAAUGGGCGGGCCCUGGAAGAGCCCCCGGAAGAGGAGGUGUUGGAGGUAGAGGCAGCCUUUGAGAAGCACACCCGGAGGAAGACACGGCCCCCUGUGCGGCUGGUCCCCAAGGUCAAGUUUGAGAAGGCCGAAGAGGAAGAGGAACAGGAAGUGUAUGAAGUAUCUGUGCCUGGUGAUGACAAGGACCCGGGCCCCGCAGAGGCCCCUGCCGAGGUGGCCACGGGUGGCUGUGAGGCCCUGGUGCAGAGCAGUGCCGUCAAGAUGAUCGACCUCAGCGCCUUCAGCCGCAAGCCCCGGACACUGCGGCACUUGCCUCGAACUCCAAGGCCAGAGCUGGACAUGGCCGCGUUCGAUCCUCCUUUCCCCGACCAGACCCGGGAUGGCUUCCCUGAGCCCAGCAUGGCGCUACCGGGCCCAGAGACUCUGCCCACCGAAUGCGGUUUCGAGCCGCCCCACCUGGCCCCCAUGAGCAACCCUGAGCCUCCCGGCAUGACGUCACCCGAGCUCGUCAAGCCCGAGCAGGGCUUCGUGUGGCAGGAGUCGGGCGAGUUCGAGGCAGACCCGGCCGGCUCCACGGUGGAGCGGCACAAGAAGGCGCAGCUGGACCGGCUGGACAUCAACGUGCAGAUCGACGACUCCUACCUGGUGGAGGCGGGGGACCGCCAGAAACGCUGGCAGUGCCGCAUGUGCGAGAAAUCCUACACGUCCAAGUACAACCUGGUGACGCACAUCCUGGGCCACAACGGCAUCAAGCCGCACUCGUGCCCGCACUGCAGCAAGCUCUUCAAGCAGCCCAGCCACCUGCAGACGCACCUGCUGACGCACCAGGGCACACGGCCUCACAAGUGCCAGGUGUGCCACAAGGCGUUCACGCAGACCAGCCACCUCAAACGCCACAUGCUGCUCCACUCCGAGGUCAAGCCCUACAGCUGCCACUUCUGCGGCCGCGGCUUUGCCUACCCCAGCGAGCUGAAGGCCCACGAGGUGAAGCACGAGAGCGGCCGCUGCCACGUCUGCGUCGAGUGCGGCCUAGACUUCUCCACCCUGACCCAGCUCAAGCGCCACCUGGCCUCCCACCAAGGCCCCACCCUCUACCAGUGCCUCGAGUGCGACAAGUCCUUCCAUUACCGCAGCCAGCUCCAAAACCACAUGCUCAAGCACCAGAACGUGCGGCCCUUCGUGUGCACUGAGUGCGGCAUGGAGUUCAGCCAGAUCCAUCACCUCAAGCAGCACUCCCUCACCCACAAGGGCGUGAAGGAGUUCAAGUGUGAGGUAUGUGGCCGAGAGUUCACCCUGCAGGCCAACAUGAAGCGCCACAUGCUGAUCCACACCAGCGUCCGGCCCUACCAGUGCCACAUCUGCUUCAAGACCUUCGUGCAGAAGCAGACGCUCAAGACUCACAUGAUUGUGCACUCGCCCGUGAAGCCAUUCAAGUGCAAGGUGUGUGGGAAGUCCUUCAACCGCAUGUACAACCUGCUGGGCCACAUGCACCUGCACGCGGGCAGCAAGCCGUUCAAGUGCCCGUACUGCUCCAGCAAGUUCAACCUCAAGGGAAACCUGAGCCGGCACAUGAAGGUCAAGCACGGCGUCAUGGACAUCAGCCUGGACAGCCAAGACCCCAUGAUGGAGCUGGCAGGCCCCGACCCCUCUGAACUUGACAGCCGGCAGGAGAUGGAGGACUUCGAGGAAAACGCCUUUACCUACACCAGUGUGGACAGCAGCACAGAGGCCAGCACCCUCACUGAGCAGGCCAUGAAAGAGAUGGCCUACUACAACGUGCUAUAGCAGGGCCAGCCGAGUGGGCGGGGAGGGCAGGGGGAGACCCACGUCCCGAGGGCUGCGCCUCUGCAGCCCAGAACCAAGCUACUGCCCGCUGCCCAGCCCCCCCUCCCCACCCCCACCCCCCAAGUUAUUUGCACCACUAGGGAUCUUUAGACCAAAUGGAGACUGUACUACUGUCCUUACAGGGAGCUGGGCGCAGGCCUAGCCAUCCCAGUGAGGGAAAGGUAACCAGGAGGCCCGAUCUGGUUCUCCUUGGCCUGCUGCUGUGGGUGGGCAGGGAAAUGCUAGAGAAGUCUCUUACAGGCACAGGGGCACAGACUUAAGAGGUCUUCUCCCACGCCACCUCAGGCCCAUAGAGAGGGCUUCUUGAAGAAGAGAAUGCUCGAGCCGGGUCUUGUCUCUUUUCUGCACCUACUCUGAGCUCCUGCACGGGUCAGCACUGCCUACCCCCACCCCCACCCUGCUCAGACCCAAGAACCUCUUCCCUUCCCGUCAUUCAACAGCCAGGCAGGGCACUCUGCCUUCUACCUCCUGGGCCUCCCCUUGCCCCGGUCAGACACACGCGAGCGGCCCUGGGCCUGGCCCUGCCUGUCGGAGAGCCGGGGAGCCCAGCCUCCAGAACAUCUUCCCAGCCAGCUGGCAGAGCACCCGUGCCCUCAGCCCUGUUUGAAAGAAUGUCUCCAAUACGCAUUUCAACAAAUUUCAUCCAGUUCUGUCCCAAGCUAAGGUACCGCCCAUAGUGUCCUCAGCAAACAAAAUCAGGGCAUGUCGUGUGCCUGGCACACAUGAACAAGGACAGGUGGAGGCCCCAUGAGCCAAGGGAAAGGGCAGACAUAUCCCUGGGACCAAGAGACUGUCCUAAUGGGAAGCCAGGGAAGGCCACCAUGAAAAGAGGGGGACUAAGAAUGUUUGGGGUUUUAUUUGUUUUUGUUUUUUGUUUUUAUGAGCAGGCAGGUGGUGUGAGGAGUGGGUGAGCUGAGACUCAGCAGGCUCCCAGGGAAGAGCAACAUAUUUAAAAGGAAAUUGAAGACCAUAGGCGGGGCGGGGGGAAUGUGUUUUGAGUAAGUGAGGAUGUUUUGAAGGUAAUUUAUGUUUUCCUUUCCAACUCUCUCGUCUAUCAUCUUCACUGGAGCGAUAGAGAGGCAAGCCGAAGCUUUCUUGUGUGCUCUACACUCCUGCUUCCCUACAGCAGCCAGGCAUGGUGGGCUCCAUUAGCUGGGAGCCUCAGAAGGCUAAGGCGGGAGGGAAGAGGAGGCAGAGAGCCGACCUGGCCCUCUCCAGCCAGUGGCUCUGUGCCACCCAGGCCGCCAAGGCUCUGACUCCAUGGGGCCAGCUGCCCUCCUCACCUGUUCCCUGUAUCCUCCAGGCAGUGACUAGCACAUUCAGAAACUCCAGAGCACCCAACCCCCUGCCCGGAAACCCCAAGGCUCCCUAGGGUAGGAGCAGGCAGAGCAACCCUACAAAGCACGAAUGAAGCCACCAGCUUUGGCUGAGAAACCGAGAGGGGGACCAGCUGGGGCAGGAGGUGCUGAUUUGAAGUGCAGCUGCCCCCAAGUCUGUGUCCCCAAGCGAGACACCAAGCCAGGCCUCAGGGUGAUUGUUCAGAACCGGGGGGAAGUGAACACAAUGGCCCGAGUGUGGUUUCCCAAGGCUCCCGGCCUCCCAGGUGCCCAUCAUGAUGACCCUCAGGUGGCAGUGAAUAGGUGUCACUGUACAAGACAUUUCUCCUGCUGAGCAGAAGGCGUCACCCCUGCAAACUACCUCUUCCCACAAUGACUUUCUCCCCUGGUACCAAAAAGCACCCUGUACCUCCUCCUCUCCUGCCAACGCAGUGGCCUUGGUCUUGGAAACAGAAGGGAGAAGUCUGGCCUGGGUGGAGUCUCUCAUUGCCUCCCAGUCCGCCAUUGGCACAACCCUCCGAGGGGUACCAUGCUCAAAAAGCCCCCUCCCCACGCCUGUGCCUGGGCAAAGCAGAGAGGAAGGUACACCACAGCGCGCAGUUGGAGCUGGGGGCGGUCCUGGCAAGGCUCCGGCCUCACCCUCCCAGCCUUCUGCAAAGAGUGACUCAGAAACCCUGGCCGGAUUCCACCCUAACUUAUUUUGACGUGUAUACAAACCAACUGUUUAGCGAGUCCACUUGUGCAGAGCCCUACUGUGGUUUUAUGUUCCUGUUCAAAAGAGAAGUUUACUUAGCAAUAAUUAUAAAUAAAUGAAUAUUCUUUAGUGA